AUGAAGCUUGAGCUGUUUGAUCAUUCACAUCCUGAGAAGUUGAUGGUGAUGAGAAAAAUAAAUUUCGUGCACAAAUUUCUAAUCAAUAUCAAUAAGAAGAAUUCUUCGGAAGCAGCUCAAUCUGAGUUCAAGUUGAUAGAAUGCUUCCUCCCUCGUCAUUCUUCUUCUAAAACUAACGUGCAAGGCAAAAUUAAACAAAAGAUUGAUUGA